GUCUCAGGACCCAGGAGGGAGCGCUCCCUGGGGCUUGGUAUGAAGCCAGCAGGUGCAGAUGUGCAGGACGCUUCCUGUCCUCUGCCCAGCCGAGCUCAGCAGGGCCACUGGCUACUGUCCCCUUGGUCAGGACACACACCUGAGUGAUGGGGGUGCACACAAGUGGCCCCUUGACCCCACAGGCUCAGAGCCAGCCCUGCUCCACUGGCUAGCCCAGUGGGGAACCCACUUACCUGGGACCGUCAAGGCCUCGAGGUUUCAGGAGACUUCCUCUGGCAGCCUGGAAACCUCGCGUGGUGUGGUCUGGCGGAGUCUGCCAGGCCCUGGGAAGUGGGCAGGUCUGGGGGCUGCCCCCUGGCGGCCUCCCGUAGGCCCUGUCUCACCAGGAGGCGGAGUGUCCCUGCCUGCCUGCUGCAGGGAGCAGCUCCCGUUUGUCUUUGGAGCUGGAGCUGCGGGUGAGCCUGGACGCUUCCAUCCGCUCUCAGCCAGAUGGGCGCGGGGCCAGCACUCGCCUUCCUCUGCCUGGCCUGGGGCACCUACCCGGGCCUGGCCAUCCCCCGGGUCUCGGAAUGUGGCCUCUCCUGUUCUCAGGGCUUCGCCUGCAAGAGCCGCCCGAACCGGGACGUUUUUAACAGCUUCUGCCGGCCGCGCCCCAAGUCCAUGCCCAUGUCGGUCCUGGAGACCCUGACACUGUCCACCGCCAUGAAGUGCACCCCCCAGGACGGCUGCUCCUUACUCCUGCGUGUUGGCGCCUCUGUGACAAUGCAUGAGCGCCUGCGGGGCCUGGAGGCCUGCGCCACCAGCCUGCACACCCAGCAGACGCAGUGUCAGAGCGUUCACCUGCCUCGGGCCUCCCACCGGCUGCAGGUGGGGCAGCAGUUCCAGGUGCACUUCAGCUGCUUCGAGGUGAGUGUGGCCCAACACCUCUAUGUCACCCUGAGGACCGUCCCCCACUUCUGCGGGGUCCAGCUCCACCGGCAGUACCACGUGGAAGACUGCACAGAGGAGGACGUGGGCAGGAACAUGCCGGACUGUUUCGCGGGGAAGCUCAGCUACCGGGUGGACCACAGGCGCAAGGCCAUCCUGGUGCAGGUGCCCGAGCGCCCCGGGAGCCUCGACUACUACGUGCGACUCUGCCUCCAGCGGUUCACCUGCGAGGACGCGGGCGCCCCGGUGCAGGUGACCGCCAACAGUGCGUCGCGGACAGUGUCCCUGCCCUACAGCCAGGCGCUGCCGUGCCUCUGCCUGGAGGGCUGGCCUGCGACCCCCGACGCCGUGCGGAUCCAGAGGUGCCCUUUUGAAGCCGACACAGAGGCGCUGUGGGACGCCAUCCAGUACCACCCUGGGAGCCAGGCGCUGAGCUGGGAGCCCGCCUGCCCUGUGAGCGGUCGCGUGAGCCUGUGCUGGCGCCCAGGACCCAGGGACCCCUGCCAGGAGCUGCAGCACUCCAGCCGCCCGGCACAGGGCAAAGUGCUGUACCCGCUGGUGGACACCCAGCCCCAGCUCUGCCUGAAGUUCUCCACCAACCUGGGGUUCCAGGUGAGGUGCCCUUUCCAACAACGUCGCUUCCCAGCCUGGAAGAUGGCCGUGCAGCCAGGGCCACAGCACGGCCUCCUGCGGGCCGCCUUCUUCUCGCCCGGCCCCGCCCACUUCCAGGUGCGCCUGUGUCACCGAGGGAAGUUGCAGCUGCCCACCUGCCAACAAGCGCUGCCCGCCAGCCCCCUCCCUCCCACCUCAGUCCAGGGUGACCCCACGGCCCACUCGGCAGUUGCCUUCCUGGACUUGCCCUGGGAAGAGGCCUGUGCCCCAGGCAUCUGCAUCCAGGGCUUGAGGACGGACGUGCACUUCUCCAUCCCGCAGCAGCUGUGCAGCCUCCCGUGCAGUGUCCACCUCCCCUGACCAGGGCUCUGGUUCCCGCUGCCCAGCGACUUGGGAUGUCCCUCGGCUCUCCCAGCCACUGAGGCCCAGGCUCCUGGGACCAAGGGCUCACCAGGAGAGGACUGCGCUAGUGGACAGAGCUAACCACAUGGGGCCUGGCUGAGGGGUGUGGCCUUAGGUCCCCAUUCUGGAGCACUUCACCUGCAAGCCCAAAAGCUCACCUGGCUUGGGGCGGAGGGUGAACUGCAAGAGCCAGGGAGGGGGCAGAGGUGGGAGGGCGGGUGAGGCCAGUGUGCAGGCACCCAGGGCUGCUGAGACCCUCCCCAGGCAGCACCAACAGGCCAGGCCAGGUGCAGUAAUGCCGCCCAGCUCCUCGGAGCCACAGCAGUUGCAGGGUGGCCUGCACCCCGCCACACACAAGGACCCGCCUGGCCUGUCCAGCCCUCCUCCAGCAAGGCUGUUGGCCAAGUCUGAGUCCUAUUCCCCGGCAAGGCUCACCUCCAGCAGAUCGUGGCCAAAGGGCCAGUGGCCACCCCGGGACCCAGCAUGUGGGUGUGAGCUCACCUCCUGCUGGUCAGGUGGCCCCAGCCACUGCCAGAGCCCCAGCACCACACUGGGCCAGUCCCAGGGUCCCAGGGACAGGCCUGAGGGGCAGUAGGAGGGAGGGGCCUGGUCCCACCCAGGUUGGAGACAUUGGGGGGCAUGCCUGCCACCUUGGGGUCCAAGUGGCUCCUCUUCUGCUGGCCCUCAGGAGCCUCUCUGGAGAGGGGACAGCUGCCUGCUGUCUCAGGCACCCACUCUCCAGGCCUGGGUGGCCUGGGUGGCCCGGGUGGUGGGGCCUGCAGAGCCCCAGGUGUUUGUGGGUACAGCUCUAUCUCUUGGCACAGUGGGCAGGGCUGGGGGAGGGCAUGCCCCAGACAAGGUUUGUGCUGGCAGCAGCCCCCCACCUCUC